AUGACCACCGUCUCAGUAUCUUUCAAUUCAAUUGGAAUUCCCUUCUUCAACAGGGAAGUUGAAGACUUCAACUUCCCUGGUCCCUUCCCUGGUUCCUGGAGGUCCCCGUGUGCCUGGAGCUCACAGUGGGCCCUCCUCGUGGUCCCCAAGUUCCUCGUGGUCCUGGAGCUCCUCGUGAUCCCAGAGGAGAUGCGCCUCUUCUGCCUGACUGCCCAGUGCGUGGAUGUGAGGAGGUCAGAGGGAGGAGCAUGGCCCUGGUGUGUGGCCCCUGAGGCUCCGGGCAUCAGCUGGUCAAAGGUCUCGGCUUGUGUGGAAGAGGACUGCCAGCAGAAUGAUCGGCAGGCGAGGACUGGGGCGAGGACCGGGGCGAGGACUGGGGCGAGGACUGGGGCAAGGACCGGGGCGAGGACCGGGGCGAGGACCGGGGAGAGGACCGGGGAGAGGACCGGGGAGAGGACCGGGGCGAGGACUGGGGCGAGGACCGGGGAGAGGACCGGGGCGAGGACCGGGGCGAGGACCGGGGCGAGGACCGGGGAGAGGACCGGGGAGAGGACCGGGGAGAGGACCGGGGAGAGGACCGGGGUGAGGACCGGGGCGAGGACCGGGGCGAGGCAUGGAGGACAGUUUGCUCAUUUCACCAAAAAGGGAAAACAAAUAGUCAAUGGAUGUCUUUCACCCAUCUUCAGACUGAAGAGGAAGAGACAGCCUACUGAAGAGACAAAUCAGCGCCCUUGGACAAUGAACAACCAGUGCAAGGCAAAAAUGACAGAAAUUGUCCAGCAAACACAGUUGAAAGCGUGCAUGAAGGGGAGCAGCUCAAUUAGGGAAGGCUAUCUUAACUGGGCCUUGUUUCAACUUGGGAAUCCAGGAGGGAGAGGCCAACCCUUUACUUUGAGGACGAGCAACUGGAUGAGGUUGUCUCCUUCUUGUUUGCCGUCAUCAGGGAGACCCCAAGAGCAAGACAGCAGAACGACUGGAUUGACGUCGUCAUGA